UAUGGAAAACCUCACGCCAGAGCAAUGGCGCGAGAUCGUCAACAAAAAAAUGCGAUUUCCUCCGGAGCUCAUCGUCGCCAUCCAUGAAGGAAACAUAGCGAUGGUGUCCAGUCUGCUGAAGACGGGCGACGGCAUCAUCCGCCAGCUGGAUGACUCGGAGGACCGUCUGUGGAGGGAAGCCUUGAACCUCUCCAUCCGCCUGGGGAACGAGGACGCCAUGGACACCCUCCUCCAGGGCGUCAAGUUCGACUUCCGCCAAAUCCACGAGGCGCUGCUGGUUGCCGUGGACACCAACCAGCCGCGUGUGGUGAAGCGCCUGCUUGAUCGACUGGACCAGGAGAAGGGCAACAAGAUGGACGUGCGCUCCUUCUCCCUGGCCAUUUUCGACCACUCCAUCGACGACUCCCAGUUUGCCCCUGGGGUGACCCCUUUGACCCUGGCCUGCCAGAAGGACAUGUACGAGAUAGUCACCAUGCUGACCCAGAAGGGCCACGUCAUCCCGUGGCCCCACAAGAUCUCCUGCGCCUGCCUGGAGUGCCGCAACGGCCGCCAGUACGAUCUCCUCAAGUUCUCCCUGUCUCGCAUCAACACCUACCGCGGCAUCGCCAGCCGCGCCUACCUGUCCAUCACCUCCGAAGACGCCAUGCUCAACGCCUUCAGCCUCAGCAAGGAGCUCCGCAAGCUCUCCAAGAAGGAGCCUGAGUUCAAGCCUCAGUAUCUGGGCCUGGAGGAACUCUGCCAGGAGUUUGCGGUGGAGCUGCUGGGAAUGUGCCGGAAUCAAAGCGAGGUCACCACCAUCUUGAACAGCUGCGGAGACGAGAGCCAGGACGCUCUGGACCAGCAGGCUUUCGAGGAAGGGAUCCCCAACCUGUCGCGCCUCCGGCACGCUGUCAACUUCAACCAGAAACAGUUUGUGGCCCACCCGAUUUGCCAACAGGUGUUGUCGUCGAUCUGGUGUGGAAACCUGUCAGGGUGGAGAGGCAGCAGAACAGCCUGGAAGCUGCUGGUGUCUCUUGGGAUCUUCAUCACCAUGCCCUUCCUCUCCCUCCUCUACUGGAUCGCACCCAAGUCAAAGGUGGGCAAGACUCUGAGGAUACCGGUGAUCAAGUUCCUGCUUCACUCAGCCUCCUACAUGUGGUUCCUUAUCACCUUGCUCGGGGAGUCGAUCAUGAUGGAGAUGUCUCGCGAAACCUUCGCCUCGCGCGAGCAGAAUAUGUUGCAUACCUCCUUCCACAUGGUAUGGGUUGUCGGCUUUUUCUGGUAUGAAUGUAAAGAAGUGUGGAUCGAAGGCCUACGUAGCUAUUUCCUGGACUGGUGGAACUGCCUGGACAUGAUGGUGCUCAGCAUGUACCUAGCCUCCUUCGCCCUGCGCGUCGUGGUCAUGCUUAAGGGCCACCUAGUGUGCCAGGCACCAGAUGCCUCAGAGGAGUGUGUCUACUUCACCCAGACGAUGCGUGACAGCUGGCACCAGGAAGACCCUCAGCUCAUCGCCGAGGUUCUGUUUGCCGUGACCAGCAUGCUUAGCUUCACCCGCCUGGCCUACAUCCUACCGGCCCAAGAGUCCCUGGGAACCAUGCAGAUCUCCAUAGGGAAGAUGAUCGAUGAUAUGAUGAGGUUCAUGUUCAUAUUGAUGAUCAUCGGAACAGCCUUUCUCUGCGGGAUCAAUAACAUCUACGUCCCUUAUGUCAUUUCCCCUCAUCUGGGAAGGUUUAACGAGACCUUCCACUUCCUGUUCUGGACCAUGUUCGGGGUGGCCAACCAGGAAUACGUGGACAUGCCGGAUUACGUGUUGGCGGAGUUCGUAGGCCGUGUCCUCUAUGGCAUCUUCACCCUCAUCAUUGUGAUCGUGUUGCUCAACAUGCUCAUCGCCAUGAUCACCAACUCCUUCCAGAAGAUCGAGGACGACGCGGACGUGGAGUGGAAGUUUGCCAGGUCCAAGCUGUACCUCAGUUACUUCCGAGAAGGCCUCACCAUGCCUGUUCCCUUCAACAUCAUCCCUUCCCCUAAAGCAUUCUUUUACCUCAUACGGGGCCUCUUCAGGCGAAUUUGCUGCUGCUGUACCAUGAACUCAGCAAAGGAAUAUCCCCCUAUCAUGUCUCUAUCUGAUGGGAAGGGUAUGGGUGGGGAAGCUCUCGAGGAGAACCAGAUCCCUUAUCGGCAGCAGGUGAUCAGGGCUUUGGUGCAACGCUACAUUGAGUCAGCUCGUCGUGAGUUUGAGGAGACCAAGCGGAAAGACGUGGGUAACAGGAUCACAGAGCUCAACAAAGUGGUGGGUAGGCUGCACGGCGAGAUGAAGCACAUCCAGAAGGUUCUGGUGGACUCGGGACAGUCGGUGGGGGUCGUCUCAGAGAACGAGGGCUCUUCUAUCCUGGGAAAAUACAUCUUGGGGGCCAAGAACAACUUCAGGGGCUUCAACGACCAACCGGUGGAGAAGCACCUAGCUCUGAACGUGACAGUGUCCAGCAAGAAAGGGGUGGAGGAGGAGGGUGUGAGAGCGGGAGAAAAAGAGGUGAAGAAUGUAGACGUAGAGGUCGAACGGGAAACGGAUCGAGGAACCAAGCGGGAGGGGGACGUAGACGUCGUGGAAAUGGAGGAAGGGAGAGCUAGCGGCGAGUCGGCGGGGGGGAGCGUCGGCGAUGUGAAUGUGGAAAGUGAGGAAAACGCGCCGAGUGACUGCGAUGAGGAGAGGAGGACAGGAAAGAAAAAGGCCAGUGAGAAUACGGACGUCUCUCGGGGUGAGGAAGAGGAAGGGGAAAGCAUAGAGGACACAGUGACUGCUCAGGUUGUAGAAACAGUUCAAGGGGGUGGUACGGGAAGUCAGCCAGGAAGAAGUAUUUACGAUGGGAACGGGAAGAAGUCGGACGGGAACGAGCUAGAGAGCACAUUUCAAGUGGUCGAACGGAAGGAAAGGCGAGUGGGUCGAAUCAAGGUGGAGGAGAGGUGGUUGAACGGUAAAAAAGCGGAGGAUGAUACAAGCGAGAGGGCGGGGGUUGUGGAGAAUAGGAGAGCUGGGGGGAAGACCUUUGCGGAGAAAAAACUUCCGUCCCCGAGUGCUAGUAGCAGCUCACAUGAUACUGGCUUUGGCUCACAGGAAGGGGAGGGGUCCAUUGAUGGAAAACUUGAGGCCCUAGCCUCAGCACCAUAGUUGUUAUAACAUGAUAUGUUCAAGUCUUCAUGGCUUUGGUGACCAUGAGGAAGUUAGAUUUACUAUAUCUGCAGCAUUCGUUCUUGCAGUAGAGGAGAUGCAGUGUGAGGCGAUAGCGUAGUGAUGGUGUGAUUUUUCAAAUACUCAUUUGCACUGUUUACUGAGGAAUGUUGUAAUGAUAUAAUCUGCUCCAAGACUAAGAUAACAAGGUGGGCUUGCUUAAAUUAUACUCGUUUCAGACUUAACUCAUGACUAAUUAAUGAAUAAGUACAUUGUCGAUACAAAAAAAAAAUAUGGAAUCAAUGGCAAAGAAGUGGAUAGAAUUGAAUGACAAGUGCAAUUUAAAUAAACAUUUCAAAUAGUUGAACAUGUAAUGAAAUUGCUUCUGUGUAUCUAUUCAAUAACCUGCUUGCAAAAUGAA